AUCAGUCUCAUUUCUCCAGCUGAACACCGAGUAACAUCUACAGAGGCAAAUAACAGCUGCCUUUGAAAAAAUACUUGUUUUCUGAUCACUAAGAAGCUUAUGAUUUAUUGAAGAAACAUACUAUUUGAUGUACUUUUAGCUUGGCUUGGGCUUGGGAGACAAAAUGUCACGAUCUUGGUUGACGCUUGCUAUUUUAUUUCUGGUUGCAACGCUUGUAGUUGCUGCUCCAAAAGAUCGUAUUCGACGGAGUGGUGACUGCGGCGGUGGAGGAUGUGGAGGAUGCGGUGACGGAGGAUGUGACGAUGGUGGAGGUGGAGGAGAUGGCGGUGGUAGCGGUGGUGGUGGAGAUGGCGGAGAUUGUGGAGGGGACGGAGGGUGCGAUGGCGGUGAUGGUGGUGAUGGUGGUGGCAGUGGUGAUGGUGGCUGCGGUGGUGAUGGUGGAGAUGGUUGCGGGGAUGGAGAUAGCUCAGGCUCUGGCUCUAGUUCUAGUUCUGGAAGUAGUGGCGAGGAAGACUGUGGUGGUGGCGGCGGAGGCUGCGGUGGUGGUGGUGGUGGUGGUGGUGGUAAUUAUCAAGCUGCCCCUGCUCCUGCAAUUGCUCCAGUUGCUGCUCCAGAGUUUUACCCUGUCCAUGUUCCAGUUCCACAAGCACCAAAAAUCCACUUUGAAGUUGUCGAGAAGCCAAUCUAUGUAGAAGUACCAGUGGCAGCUGAACCAGACAGUGGAGAUGAGGACACCGAUGGAGGGGGUGGCGGUGAUGGCGGUGCUGACGGCGGUGACGGUGGUGAUGGUGCUGGCGAAGGUGGUGUCAGUGGGGAUGGUGACGCCGGCGGUGAUGGUGCUGGCGGUGGUGACGAUGGCGGUGAUGGUGCUGGAGCCGCUGAAGGUGGCCCAAGUGGUGAUGGUGAUGCCGCUGGUGACGGUGGUGCUGGUGGUGGCGAUGGAGACGCUGGUGCAGCUGAAGGUGGAGCCAGUGGGAAUGGUGAUGCCGGCGCCGAUGGCGUUGCUGAUGGCGGUGAUGGAGGAGUUGAAGGUGGUGAUAGCGGUACCGAUGGUGGCCAGGGAGGUGCUGCUGGUGGCUGUGGUGGUCUCAAAGCCGGUGAUCCCGCAUGCAUUGGUUCCAACGACGCAUGUUGCCAGUGAAUAGUUUGAUUUCUACACUUGGAGGUGGAAGUGACCAGGCAGUCAACUCAACGGUAUAGAUUAUCUAACUGACUAAUGUCUUGUUCUUUGAUGUAAGAGAAUGUGACUACAAUCAUUACGUUUGCAUAAUUUCAUCAUUAUUCAUUUUCCCUUUAAGAGUGUGUGAUAUCAUAAUAGUAAUUAAAUUGUAGAUAUCGAACUUUUCAUAAUUUACACUGUUUUCCGAAUGAAGCAAGUGAAGACUUGAAAGUUUCUUCAUCAUUAUCUUAGAGAUUAUGUUUUACAAGUAAUUACCCCCAUGUCCAUGUAUUAAAUUGUAUGCUUUAUUUAUUUAUAUUUGUUCGUGUUUCCGUCUUAAUUUAUUGACAUUGAAUGUCUGCGUCCUGAUAAGCAUAAUUGGUUAUAUUUCAUUUUAAUGAUUUCAGCUUAAUUUCUUAACAUUUCAAAGUAUAUUACUCAUGAUAUGUUUGACAGCCAUUUUGUCUAUGAUAACAUUGAAUAAAUUAUUUUGUUUG